GUACAAACAGCUGAUUUAUUAUAUUAUAAUUAGAUGUUGCGUUGUUUACAGCCUGGUGAGGGUGUGGUGAUGCAACGCAUGGUCCAGGUCCCGGCGCCUGGCGCUGAGCCUGGCGUGAAGGUAUCUGGCCACGGCCUCCUCGCACCACCCCUGCGUGUACAGCGCCGCGGCGCGCUCCUCCUCCCCGGUCCCCGCCCCCGGUCCCGGUCCCGGUCCCACGCCCGCGCCCGGUCCCGUCCCCGGUCCCGCCCCCGCGGUACCACCUGUGCCUGCGCCCGACCCACCGCCCAUUGUCUUGAGGUCGCGGGCCUGGCUGACGAGCCACUUCUGUAUGAACUGCUGCGGGUCCUUGCUGAAGCUCAGGAAGAACUCGCGGUUCGUCUUCAGCUGGUUGAUGGUGUCCACCGUCUCGUGUAUCUUGGCGUCGAGCCCCUGUAUCUCCUGCUGGUUGGCGGUGCUCUGCAGGAAAUUGUUCAUCUGCGCCUUCAGAGUGUCGUCCACCUCGACGUCGAUGUCGUAGCAGGCGGUCUGCUUGGUGUCGUGGGGGGGCUCGACGGCGAUGACGUGAUUGAUGACUAUGGGGUCGGGGGCAUGCAGUAGGGCCGCCAGCCUGGCGGGCACCUCGGCCAGCUUCAUGCGCGCGGCGCCGAAGAUCUGCUCCAAAUACUUGUCGCAUACGAUGUACUCGCGCUCGUGGGGGUCCUGGAGUUUAUGCGUCUUGACGUACUGCCAGAGCGCGUUGACGAUGACGGGUCGGGUCUGCGUGUGCACGCCCAGCAGCCUGGCCAGCCGCUGGUCCAGCUUGUACUGCAUGGGCUGGUAGUCCAGCAGCAGCAGGAUCGUGCAGCGCACGUUCUUGUAGCCCGGCCGCUUCACCUGGAACCCGUCGGUCUCCUGCGUGGUGAGGGUGCGGUGCCACUCCACCAGGUGGUUGUCGGGCCCGUACAGCUCCUUGUCCAGCUCGAUCACCAGCGACUUGAAGAACGACGAGAACUUGCGCUUCACCUUAUUGGGAUCAUUCUUGGAGUCGUCGAGCAGUCGUCCUUCCACGCGCAACUCCCACGAUGCCACGGCGUUAUCUCCUUGUCCUGGGUAGAAGGUGUUGGAGAUGAAUAUGCGCAGCUUCCGCUUCUGCUUCAUGGGCCGCUUGAGCGCCUCCUGUAUGUCGAGCCGCUUGCGCAUGAUGGUGGCGUCCAGCUUGCGCUCGAACGAGAGCAGGUCCAUGUAGGCCUGCGACUCCGGCACCAGGUCGCGCACCUUUUGUGGCAAUAUUUUGUCCGCCAAUCUUUUCUUGCGUUUACCACCAGCCGCUCCGCCGCCAUACACCUCUGAGUUGUAGAUGUUGGGCUUGUGUUGGGGCGGCAUGGGGCUGCGCGCGUCGGCGGCACGCUUGGGGGCCUGCGGCGGCGCCGGCCGGGCCCCUCCCGCCCCACCCGCGGCCCCACCCGCGGCCCCGCCGGGCCCCACCCCGGCCCCACCCGCGCCCCGAGGACCUACUCCCACUCCGCCACCCGACGGCGGGAACCCGCUGCGCGCCUGCGAGAAAUUAGGGCCUGGAUAAGGCCUCGGUGGCAUCGGGGAGCCUGGUGGUUGCGCGGGCCCCGGGUAGCGUUGUGGCUGCUGCUGCAUGGGCCCCGGAGGGGGAGCAGGGCUAGGCCCACCAGUUGGGAAUCUUUGUGCCAUUUUAUUCAACGUUUAUGCACUCAAAACACAAUUUCUAUGCCACAAAUUUUGGUUGUACUAUUUUACUUAUACAACUACCACAUUAUUAUUUGGUCUUUAUACUUAGAGGAUAGUGAAACAUUAAAUUAUCAUAGAAAACGCUUCAUUAUCCACUUAUCACGUUAAUUUUACAAUUAAUUUACGAAAUUCUUCUAAGAAACGCGUCUGUUUCACAUUUGCAAUUGCACCGUAAACAAUUUUUGUUGUUGUCAUUUUGUCCUUAGCGAAAGGCAAACGUUAUUAACUUCAUACAGUCUAGCUUUAAUUUCUUAAUUUUCAUUUUCAGACGCUGAAUAUCAUCGUUAAAAACGAGUUGGGGGUGGCAAACUUGUAUCUCUAAUUACUUAUUAUUAUAAUGAAAUGAAAUAUUUGUUCAAACUCUAAAGCUAAACUUAAAUUUGACAGCAGUAUAUCCUUGUCAUUUUCUAUACAGAAUGAAAAGGAGAGACUGAUGUUAAAUUUAGUUUUAAGUUUAGAGAAUUACACCAGAAU